GCCUCCAUGGCUGUGUUUAAAGUCCACCUCCGGGAACUGGGACUGAGAGUUCCGGUAAGCCCCGGUGCGGGGCUGUGUGUGUCCCCGGGCUUCCUGGGCCGGGGUUGGGGUCGAAAGCAGCGUCCCACUUGUGUGCAGGAUGAAGCUGCCUAACGGCCUCUUCCUCCUGUGGCUUGGCCUGGUUGGCAGCUUAGCUCAGAGCGACCCCAGCCCCAAGGGAGAGGAGUCCUACUCGGAUUGGGGUCUGAGGCACCUGCGGGGCAGCUUUGAGUCGGUCAACAGCUACGUUGAUUCCUUCAUGGAGCUGCUGGGAGGGAAGAAUGGAAUCUGUCAGUACCGGUGCCGAUAUGGAAAGGCACCGAUGCCCAGACCUGGCUACAAACCUCAGGAGCCCAAUGGUUGCGGUUCCUAUUUCCUGGGUAUCAAGGUACCAGGAAGUAUGGACUUGGGCAUUCCAGCAAUGACCAAGUGUUGCAACCAGCUGGAUGUCUGCUAUGACACCUGUGGUGCCAACAAAUACCGCUGUGAUGCAAAAUUCCGAUGGUGUCUCCACUCCAUCUGCUCCGACCUCAAGCGGAGCCUGGGCUUUGUCUCCAACGUGGAAGAGCCUGAGCUCCCUGGCAACUGGCGGUAUUGGACACGUAAAUGCUUAGGGGAGGUGUCUAUCCAGGAGCAUUACCCCUUGUCUUUCGCUUGUUGUCACCGAGUCAGGAGACCCUUUGUUUCUAGUCUGUUGUCAGAUUCAUGGUUUACAAGCAUCCACACACACAUCCCUGCUUUGAGACAGGGUCUCUAAGUAGCCCGGGAUGAUGCCAAAAUCCCAGAUCUCUGCCUCAGCCUGUGGUUUGGGUUACAGGUGGGCACCACCGCAGCAGCUUCUCCUUAAUGCUAUUUUUUGAGGCUCAGGAAGCUUACAUUUUGAUGAAGUAAAAUUUGUUUAUUUUCAUCAGUGGUAUUUUGCUGUCACAUGUAAUAACUAGACUUUACAGGCCCAAGGUUAAAAACAUCUACCGAUCUUUUUCUUCUAAGACUUUUAUUAUAUUAGCUCUUGGUUUAGGUUUGUGAUCCAUUGAGAAUCAUUUGUACAUGGUAUUAGAACCUUUGCUCAGAUGAAGCUCGUGGUAGCUCAGUAACCAAUUGGUUUCCCAUAGUAAGGGGAACAGGGACUAUUUCUGACAUGAACUAAAUGGCAGGCUCUUUGAUCUCCCCACCCCCCAAGGGAGGAGCAGUCCUGCUAGGCCACAGAGGAGGACUUUGCAGCCAGUUCUGAAGAUACCUGAUAAAACAGGGUCAGAUGAAAGGGGAGGAGGUCCUCCCCUAUCAGUGGACUUGGAAAGGGGCAGGAAGGAGAUGAGGGAGGGAGGGAGGGUUGGGAGAGAAUGAGGGAGUGGGAUACAGCUGGAUACAGAGUUAAUAAAAUGUAACUAAUAAUAAAAAAAUAAAAUAAAAUAAAAUAAAAUGAAGAAUGGGUUUGACCCCGGUUUGUGGCUAUCCUGAUGAUUUAACACUGAUGUUGAAAUACUAUUUUUUUCCCACAUUAAACUGUAAAGUGUAACGAGUGAUCUCUCUGCGCUUGACCCUAUGCUAUUCCACUGAUCUGAAGCAGCACCUGUAUCCCUAUCCCAUAGCAUUUCAGUGAACCCGGAAGUUAAGAUGUGCCCUUACCCUUGUUCUUUGUCAGAUCUCUCCAGACACUCUAGAUUCCUGUCAUUCCUAUGAAAUUUUAGGACCAGCUUGUUAAUUUCUGCAAGAAAUGACAAGAAAUGACAGCUUUGAGUUGUCAUCCUCAGAGCUUUGGUUCAAUCUGUGGAUAAAUUCUAGUAUUUCUACUUUUACAAAAUUGUGUUUCCUGGUCCAAGAACAUGAAUGUCUUUUAUUUUUCCCCACAGUAUUAUCACUGUCAUAGCAAAGGCCUUGUGCUUCUUUGGUAUUUUUUCCCCAUUGUGAUGUUAUACUAAAUGGAACUGUUUUCUUAAUUUUAAAAUUUUAAUUUUAAUUUGUUUUCUAUUUUUUUACAUGUGUGUUUAUGAUGGAGCCAAUGUGGAGGUCAAGGGGCAACUUUUUGUGUCGGCCUCCCCUGGUCUCCUGACCUGGCCUCUCAUCUCAUCCUAGGGUGCUGAGGUAACAGCUGGAAACCACCGGGUUCAGCUUCCGUUUUCGUUUUUUGUUUACUAGAGACAGCUUUUCAUUAAGUAACCUUAGCUUGCCUGGAACUCACUCUCUAGACCAGGCUGGCCACAAACUUGGCUGUGCCUCCAGGGCUGGGAUUAAACUCCUGACUCCAGCUUUUGUAUGUGGGCUCCAGGAAUCAAACUCAGGCUGUGUCGGGCUUGUGUGACAAGUGUUUUUACCCACUGAGCCUUCCUCCUGACCUUUUAAUUUUCUUGGCAGGUGAUUUAUUGAUGCUGUACAAAAAGACAAGUGCUUGAUUUCUGCCUAUUGAUCUAUUUUUUGAUCUGGCUGAAUUCUUGCAUAAAUUCUAGUAGUUUUUCAGAACAUGCACGUCUUUACAUAAGACGCCAUCAGCACAUCAAACUGUAAUUUGCGCUCCUUCUCUUUCUUGACUUUAUGGCUAGAACUUUACUACCCCAAUCAACGGACAUUUUAAGAGUUCAUUUCCCUGUAUCUUCUUCCGGUUCUGCAGGGGAAAGGCGCCAGCCUUAGCUCUGAGCAUGAGUACUGGUUCUUCCUAGGUGGCCCCUGUCAGGCAUGGAAGCCCUCCUCCUGGGUUGUUGAGUGUUUCUAUCAUGGAAAGGUCUAUGGGAGCUGUACUGACUUCAGUGUGUUAAACCAGCGUGUGUACUUACGAUGAGCGCCGCCUGGUUGUGGUGUGAAUCCAGCUGACUGGUGUCUGCUGAAGAUGUUACAUUGAGUCAGGAGAGAGAUUUGUCAGUGGCUUGUUAUUCCUCUUGUUUCUCUAAUUUUUGUUGUCAAAAUAAUACUAACCUCAUAAAAUGAAACAGACAUAAUCCUAAGUUUUAGAAGUAUUUAGAAGUUAUUGCUAUUAUUUUUUAAAAAACAUCUAGCAAAAAUUUCCUUGAAGCCACAUGGAAGUGGAUUUCCUUUGGAGAUGUAUUUUUAGGGACUAACAAUCUAUUUUUAUUUUCUAUUUUAUUGAGCCAGUUCAGAGGAGAAUUUAUAUUUUCUUUAAGUUUUCUAAAUUUUCUGGCAUGCCCACAAUAUCUGCUAUGCUAGUGAACCAGAAUUCACCUUUUGGGGUGCCUUCCCUCAGAUCUGCUUCUCCCAAGGGACAGGAACCUCCCCAUGAGUUCCCAGCCAUCGUGGUAUAGCAUAACUUGCUGCUGUCCUAUUUGCCUGCUCCACUUCUUGGUCUGAACUAUGAGAGCCUUGAGUUGGGGUUGAUACAUUUUAUGUGCUCGUCUCUGGUACCCAAGAGAAUGGCUGAUGAGCCUUUCUUUCAUACAUAUAUUCCUCUAUCAACAAAUGAUUGUGGAGGCCACACCUGAGUAGGGUAAGCAAUGGGAAGUACAAUAGUGUGUCUGAAUGAGUAUUCUAAAAUCACGAUGGUGUGGGAUUUCUAAUGCCUUCCCCUGGGGGAGCCACAGAAGUGAGGCACCAGCAAGCGGAUCUGCUUUAUCGGACUAGAAGGGGGCCUUUUCUGAAAGUGCCUGUCUUAUGGGUGAGUUCAUCCUCUUGAUUCUGUCUCUGCCAUUGUCUGGCCAUCACCCUGGAAACACGCUACCUGGCAUGCUAGCUGGGUGGUCUGUGCUGAUCUUUCUGCUUCUUUU